UUAGAAGGGGGAAGACAUUAAGCGGAGGACACUCCUGUAAAAAUGGAAGACGUACCGGAUAAUGCACCUGAGCACUGCCCGGGUACACAAAGUGAGGAGGCAGGAAAGUCCUCGUCAUGUCAGGGCUGUCCCAACCAGAAAAUAUGUGCUUCUGGAGCCACCACGGCCCCCGAUCCGGCCAUAGCAGAGAUAGGAGCGAAGAUGUCAACAGUCAAACACAAGAUCCUUGUGCUGUCUGGAAAAGGAGGGGUGGGGAAGAGUACCUUCAGUGCUCACCUGGCCCACGCUCUGGCAAGUGACAGCACGAAGGAGGUUGCCCUGCUGGAUGUGGAUAUCUGUGGUCCAUCCAUUCCGAGGAUCAUGGGCUUAGAGGGAGAACAGGUUCACCAGAGUGGCUCAGGCUGGUCUCCUGUGUAUGUGGAUGACAACCUGGCGGUCAUGUCUAUUGGCUUCCUGCUCAGUAGUCCUGAUGAUGCUGUGAUCUGGAGAGGACCCAAGAAGAAUGGGAUGAUCAAGCAGUUUUUGAGGGAUGUUGACUGGGGGGAUCUGGAUUACCUCAUCGUGGACACGCCCCCUGGCACCUCUGACGAACACCUGUCGCUGGUCCAGUACCUGAGCUCCACCCACGUUGACGGAGCAGUCAUCAUCACCACACCACAGGAGGUGUCGUUGCAGGAUGUGCGAAAGGAGAUCAGGUUCUGUCAGAAGGUCAAGCUGCCGAUCAUCGGGGUGGUGGAGAACAUGAGUGGCUUCGUUUGUCCCACAUGCAAGAACACUUCACAGAUCUUCCCUCCCACUAGCGGGGGCGCAGAGCGGAUGUGUGCGGACCUCGAUCUACCCCUGUUAGGAAAGGUACCGUUGGACCCGAGGAUAGCCCGAUGCUGCGACGAGGGCAAGUCUUUCCUCAAUGAAGUCCCUGACUCGCCUGCUGCUAAAGUCUACCAGAAUAUCGUGCAGAGUAUUCAGGACUACUGCUCCAACCGUGUGACGGAGGAGCAGAGCAGCACAUGAAGCCACUCCGAUGGCGGCCAUAUUGGACCAGAGCAGUGAGAGAGAUGACACGAUGAGUGUGGUAGAAACCAUUAACUGCUGAAUAAGAAACACACUUAGGAGAGCGAAUAACGUUAAUAAUGCAACAUUCACCAAAGUCAGAAUUCUGUCAACAUGAUGACGAGUCACAACAGGCAGCAGCUUGCAUACCUCACAGUGCCGUGGUUCAUUCUGCAGUGACGAUCCAGAGGAUUAAAUAAAUGUAUAUAAUGAAAUGGGGACUUGUUCCUUUCAAUAUUUAGAAAUAAUUGCAGCUUGAUAAUGAUGGGUUGUCUUAUUCAAAUAUGCACUUGAACAUAAUUUUGAACAUGAAAGCUUGCAUCAAAAAAAUAAAUUCAAACCACCACUCUGAUACUCUGUAUAUAACAUGUUUAUACUUGAGAUGAGAUAAAUACUUUAAAAUCCCUGAAGUAUAAUUGAUAUAAGGCAGUUUGAAAUGUUUAUCUUAAAGAAUAAAGCUGGCGAUAUUCCUUUUUGUUAUUGUCUUAUAAUUAACAUUAAAAAAAUAAAAUACAAA